AUGACUCGACCUCAGAUGAUCCGAGCCGAUACGAUUGAUUUGCAAGACCCCCUUUCUCCGUCGGCCAAGGACCAUUCUCGACCCUCCACAAACGGCACACGCAACCGACAUGGGCACGCCCAGCAUCAGGAUCAGGCCCUGCGGAUUGCGGAGCGGGACAUGCUGGAUGAGAUAUCACGAGGCCCUCUUUCUCCGGACUUCCACAAAGAUGAUCGCGGGAUCGAUGAAGACUACGCCUAUGACGGUCACAACAAGCCAGACCAUGUCAAUGGAUUGCAAAAUGACCGCAUGGGGGAUUACGAGCAUCACAUGGAAGGAGAUGCUGCGGACGGUGAUAUCGAUGACCAACUUGACGAUGAUAUGCUGGAUAAAAUCUCGAGUUCACCCUCUAUAGACGAUGAGGAUAUCGACUUCGAAUUUGUUUAUGCUCUGCAUACGUUCUUUGCAACCGUAGAGGGUCAAGCCAAUGCGACUAAAGGCGAUACGAUGGUCCUUUUGGAUGACAGCAAUAGCUACUGGUGGCUAGUUCGGGUGCUAUCGGCCACCAUGCUUGGUGAUAAUGCUGAAAAGUCGAAAAACCCGUUAAAGAAGGCUAUGCGCCGACGAAAUGCAAAGACGGUGACGUUUGCUUCACCGACUUAUUUUGAGGCGUCAGAUAUCGAUUAUUCUACUGAGGAAGAGGAUAUUGAUGAUCCGUUUUUCGAGGAAGAGGAGGAAGAGGAAGGGGAAGGGCAAGCGGAAGGAGAUGACGCGGAGCGUUCCUCAAACCGGGACACGCAGGCAGGAUCUAAAAACAGCAACAUGACGGUUGAGCCACUACGCCCUAAGCCACUAACUGACAAGGAACCUGCCAAAGCCCAAGAUGAGGAGCCCGUAAAGCUGCCGUCGGAGUCGAUUCGAGAAGUAGAGGAGCCGGCCAGCCAGCAAGAGGACUUUAGACAUGGGAGGUCGAGGAAUGGCGUAUUCAGAAAUACAGACUCCUUCUUCAAGGACGAUAUGGUCGAAACUAAGAAGAUAUCACUCACUCCAAAUCUGCUCCGCGAUGACGCUAAUGAAACCAGCCAAGUAACCGAGUCUAAAGAGAUGAGGGGCCGCGGAAGCUUCGAAGCACUAACUGGUGACCGAAACAAAGAUGAUAAGAAGCGCAAGGAAAAGAAAUCUGGAAUGCUCAGUGGUUUAUUUAAGAGGAAAGAUAAAAAGAGCAAGGCUCCAGACGACGAUGGAGAAGAGCACGAAAAGGUGUCGGAAGAGUCCGCUCGCUCGUCAACGGAGCGUAAAAUGUCGGUUGAAUCGUUGAAAGAGGAGACUCGUGCUCCUAAGCUGCAGGCGGUAUCUACGCGACCCGCCGCCAAACUCCAAAAGCAACCCGCGGUAGCAUUUCCACAAACGCCUGAUUCUACUUCACCCAGUAAAAAUAACGUUACACCUUCUGUAAGGGCCGUUGCACCAGAUUUGAAUGAAGACGUUAUUCCUCUUACCAUCCGUGCUCGGGUUCCCGAGAUAAAACAAAGUCCACCCAUCCCAACGGACUCCGUUUCGAACUCCGCUGCCUCACCAACUGCUGCAUCCAGUGUUCAGAAUACUUCGGCUCCCUCUACCGAUAUCGCCGAUAAGCCUAUAGACAUCCCUACUCCCACCCUUUCUCCUGUCAUGGAAGAAAGUAGGGCUGCGGAAUUACAUUCUGAACCUGAAAUUCGAAAGCCUUCCCUGGACAUGCAACCUGUCGAAAGCCCGCCAGUGGCAUCGGCGCGAGUACUAUCUCCCGACGAGACUUCUGUUUCUCCUCAUUCCCUAUCUCAACCCUCUUCCGAUAUUCUUGAUGUCCAGCAACCUAAAACCGAAAACACCACACCCGCCAACGCUGUGUCGUCACCACCGCAGAGCCCGGAAUGGAACGACGCUGGCCUCAGGGCCUACUUGGACGAUGGUAGCGAGAUUCGAGAUUUACUGAUAAUCGUCCACGAUAUGUCGAAUGUCCCGCCUGCAGGGCCGGACCACCCGAUUGUAGGAGGCCUGUUCAAAGACGAGAGCAAAUCUCUAAAUGACAUGUCGAAUCGUCUUGAUGAAAUGCUGAACGGAUGGCUAGCCCGAAAAUCUGCUGUUGCAGUACGGUAA